UGUAAUCCCGGCCAACAUCGUCAACUACCGCACGCCGCGGUGAGGCAAUGGGAUAUAAAAGACUCGCGAUGGCAUCUCUAAUUCAGUCUUUUCUUUCCUCCCCAAGACAGACACUCGUCCAUCUCAGCUUCCUUCUUUCCACCCUUUUCCAACAUUCGUUUCUAUUUCACAGUGGACUGGUUCCCUGCAUUACUUGCUGCUUCACUCUUUUAUACAACCACCACAAACCUCAACACCUCGUCAACCACCAGCAUUCAUCAUGAGAUUCUCCAAGUACUCUCCGCUGGCCGCCGUCAUUGGCGCUGCCGUUGCCAGCCCCACGCCCACCUUCCACAAGGUCGACCGCUCCAUCGCCAAGCGUGCCACCAUCACCGACGCCUGUGACAUUGGCUACGCCAGCACCAACGGCGGAACUACUGGCGGCUCUGGUGGCACCACCACCACUGUAUCCUCGCUCUCCGAGUUCAGCUCUGCUGCCGAGGCUGACGAGGCCUACGUCAUUGUUGUCGAGGGCGAGAUCUCCGGCGGCGCCAAGAUCCGCGUUGGCUCUGACAAGACCAUUGUUGGCAACGCCGGCGCCUCGCUGGUUGGAGUCGGUCUCUACAUCAAGGACGUCUCCAACGUCAUCGUCCGUAACCUUGCCAUCUCCAAGGUUGUCGCCGACAACGGCGAUGCCAUUGGCAUCCAGGCCUCCACCAACGUCUGGGUCGACCACUGCGACCUCUCCUCCGACCGAGACAACGGCAAGGACUUCUACGAUGGUCUCCUCGACAUUACCCACGCCGCCGACUGGGUUACCGUGUCCAACACCUACUUCCACGACCACUACAAGAACUCGCUUGUUGGCCACUCGGACAGCAAUGCUGAUGAGGAUACCGGCGCUCUCCACGUUACCUACGCCAACAACAAGUGGGCCAACGUUGGCUCUCGUUGCCCCUCUGUUCGAUUCGGUACCGCCCACAUCUUCAACAACUACUACGCCGAUGUUGAAACCUCUGGCGUUAACACUCGCAUGGGUGCUGAGGUCCUUGUCGAGUCUACCCAGUUCGAGAAUGUCAAGAAGGCCAUCACCAGCCAGGACUCUGACGAGACUGGCACUGCCGCUGUCAACGAUGUUGACCUUGGUGACAGCACCAACGAUGCCCCCACGGGCAGCGCUUUCUCUGUCCCCUACCAAUACACUCUUGUCGGCAGCGCCAGCGUUAAGAGCGCAGUUGACGGAGCUGCUGGCAACACUCUCUCCUUCUAAGUUUCUAACUCUCCAUUAGGGGCGCCAAACCGGCGAGAAACUGGGAGAAUAUGUGUGUAUUGCCUUCGCAUCACCGAUGGGCUCGGGUCUUUAGCCCAGGUCUGCGGCAUUUUAAGAGAACGAGCUCAAUGUAAUAACUCGAUCACUUAGGUACAUAGUUGUAUAUUACUUUGAGGUAAAAUAAAUAUUCAUUACCUAAA